AUGACAGUCAAACCGCUCACUCAAAAGCCCAAACCAAACCUUCUCCGCCAAUUUGCCAACUUCACCCGCACAGUCGCAGGUCUCGAGAAGACCUGCCGUCUCAUUCAAUCCUUCGCCCAAAUCGUAAUAGAACUCAAUAUUACCCCGGGCUCAACCACCACCGCGCAAUGGCAGACUACCAGAUCGCAACUGGCGCUGACGAGACGGUUUUUCCGCUUCUUCGCGUUCAUCGAUUGCUUUAACCAGGUUUAUGGGCUGCUUGGCGGGGCACAGGGUCUGGGGUUGUUUAUGACCUUGGUUGAGAUUGGGAGGUGGAGUUGCUUGGGGUUGUAUCUGGUGCUGGAGGACUUGACUAUUCUCCACGCGUUGGGCGUCCACCCCGUCGCCUGGAAUACGCCUGUCCUGGUCGAAGCCUUCAAAUUCUGGUUCUACUCUCUUGCAUUAUCCGUUCUUGGUGCUGUUUGGGGUUUACUAUUUACUUCCUCUUCAUCUGCUAGUAGUAAGACUACCAGCAAUGAGAAAAAGAAAGAGGACAAGAACGCCGAGAAAACGACACCCAAUACCGACAAUUCUCAAUCCAAGGCCCAGAGAGCAGCCCUCAUGAAGCGCAUUGUUGUCGACGGGUGCGACCUCCUGAUCCCGGGAGUCUUCGUCGGCUGGAUGCAGAUUAGUGAUUUGGUGAUUGGCGUGACGAUGGUGAUUAGCACGGUUGUUUCUGGGGGAGAUGCUUGGGUGAAGGCGCAGGGAUGA